CUGCAGGAGGAGCAAAGCUCUGCCGUCCAUUCAAUCAAACGAAGGUUGGUGCUCGCAGACCGCUGCCCCAACCUGCUGCGAUGUCUCGGCCGCCUCCUGGACCCAGGCUGCACCCUGCGCACUGGCCGCUGGGCGCAUCAGGGCUGACCGGGCAGCUGCUGGUGCUGCUGGUGCUGCUGCUGCUGGCGCUGCGGGCCGUGAUCGGGGCCAACUGCCCGUGCCAGGAGCCCAAGCUGUGCCUCCCGAUCAGCCACCAUCCCGACUACGAGGUAUUUGUGUUUGAUGUUGGAAAUAAAGCUUGGAAAUCUUAUGACUGGUCACAAAUUACAACUUUGGCAACUUUUGGAAAAUAUGACCCAGAACUUAUGUGCUAUGCUCAUUUAAAAGGAGCAAGAGUCGUGCUAAAAGGAGAUGUAUCCUUAAAGGAUAUAAUUGAUCCUACUUUUAGAGCAUCUUGGAUAGCUCAAAAACUUGAGUUGGCCAAAGCCCAAUAUAUGGAUGGAAUUAAUAUAGAUAUAGAGCAAGAAGUUAAUUAUUCAUCACCUGAGUAUUAUGCAUUAACUGCUUUAGUUAAAGAAACUACAGAUGCUUUCCACCAGGAAAUUCAAGGAUCACAGGUGACCUUUGAUGUAGCGUGGUCUCCAAAGUGCAUUGACACAAGGUGUUAUAAUUAUACUGGAAUUGCAGAUUCUUGUGACUUUCUCUUUGUGAUGUCUUAUGAUGAACAAAGUCAAAUAUGGUCAGAAUGUAUUGCAGCUGCCAAUGCUCCUUAUAAUAAGACAUUAAGUGGAUAUGAUGACUACAUCAAGAUGGGCAUUAACCCUAAGAAACUUGUUAUGGGUGUCCCAUGGUAUGGUUAUGAUUAUACCUGCCUGAAUCUAUCAAAAGAUCACAUUUGUACCAUUGCAAAAGUCCCUUUCCGAGGGGCACCUUGCAGUGAUGCUGCUGGACGUCAGGUACCUUAUAAAAUGAUUAUGAAGCAAGUAAAUAGUUCUGUUUCUGGAAGCCAGUGGAAUAUAGAACAGCAGGCUCCUUACUAUAAUUAUAAAGAUCAGCUUGGUCAGUUUCAUCAAGUAUGGUAUGAUGAUCCUCAAAGUAUUUCUUUAAAGGCGGCGUACAUAAAGAACCAUGGCUUACGAGGCAUUGGCAUGUGGAAUGCAAACAGUCUUGAUUACUCUGGAGAUGCUACAGCCAAACAGCAAACUGAGGAAAUGUGGGAAGUCUUAAAACCAAAACUGUGACAGAAAUGAUUAUCUUUUGUCAAACUAUUAAAAUUUUAAAAAUUUACAUUUACAAGUAUAGUUCCUUAUUGCUAUAUAUUAAUAUUAGUAUACU